AUGGCAGAGGGCGGUGGUGAAAAGAUGGAUUUAGAUGACGAUGCCCAGUUUACUUGUCUGAUCUGUGGUCAGGCAGGUAUGACUGAAGUAGACAUGCGGUCACACAUCAUGAUGGACCAUGUUGAUCAGGAUGUGUGCUGCCCAUUCUGUGAUCUCAGCGGCAUCACCCCAAAUGAGAUGAAUCUACAUGUCAAUAAGGUCCACUUAGAGGAGUACAAAAGUCCCAGUAAGGAAUAUAGACCCAUGGAUACUUCCCCUAGUACAUCUGGAGAUGAAAAAGCUGAGACAGAGUCGCCAGAGAAGGAAAUUCCCAUACCCAGAUCACCCAAGUCUAAAGAUUCUGGCAGCUUAUUGAUGGCUAGUCCAAUAAAGAAGAAUGGGGCUAUCACUAACCGUAGCAAUAGAUCUAAUUCUUUGGAAGAUUCAGGAAAACGAGCCAAAUUAAAUCUGGACAUAUCGUCACCAGUCCAGAUAAUGUUGCCAAGACAGAGCUCAGGAGAAGGGUCCUUAGACACUGGGGUGACAGCAUCCUGUAUACCACCUUUAGCCAGACCUGACCCGCAGGGAAUCCGCGCCUCUCUACAACCCAGACGAGCUGAAAUGCUCCUGGUUCCUGACAUCAACUACAAUGUAGAACCGGAUAUUAACUCCAAUGUCCCUAUGGAGUUCUCUUGUCCACUUUGUCAGUUCAGCACGCCAUCUGAAGGUGACAUUCAAACGCAUGUCAAUAGGGAACACAUUGAUAUACUUAGUCCAUGUAGACCUAGAGACACACAAGAUGACAGUAAAAACCAAAAUGGUGGCUCCAGAUACAUUAUGGACUCAGCUAAAAUGCUGGAAUAUGCAUGUCCAUUUUGUGAUUUGACUUUGAGUUCACCUGAUGAUCUACAAAUUCAUGUUAAUUCCAAGCAUUUAGAUAUACUUAGCCCUGAUAGAGUGAACUCUGAAAAUGGCGGGCGUGGUAGUAUGUCUAGUUCAGCUGACAUGUCAGAUUGUGUUACAUGCCCUGUCUGCGAUCAGGAAUUCAACGACCUGGUAGUACUGGAAAUGCAUGUCAACGGUCACUUCUCAGCAGAACAGACACCAGCUCAAGAAGUGAAUGACCAAGCCCUUGCAGCAGAACUAGGCAAGUCAGAGCAGGAGGAGAAGAAGAGGGAGAUGCGAGAGUUCCAAGCAUUGCAGGCAAUGUAUGGAAUGGCCAGUGGUACAAAUUACAAGAAACAGUAUGAAAAGAACUUAGAGAAAGCUGUUGCCAAGGGAGACCUGUCUGUCACGGAAUUCCAUUUGAGGAAAGCAAACCUCAGAGGUCGUGACCUCAAUGGUGUUGAUGAUGGCCAUUCUUGUACUAAAGGUAUAAUACGCCAUCUAGAGGAGUACUACAAGACCUCCACCACCAGUGUUGUGAACUUCCAUCUGUGUAACUCUGUCGAGCAUUUCUGUGCUUCCUAUGGUGACAAGGGCUGGGGAUGUGGCUACAGAAACUUCCAGAUGCUCCUCUCAGCCAUGGCAGCUAAUCCCACUUACUGCAAAUUACUGUUCAACUCAAAUAAAGCCCAGAUCCCUUCACUGCCCAAGAUACAGAGGCUGAUAGAGGCAGCUUGGGAGAAGGGGUUUGACAAGCAGGGUUGUGAACAGUUAGGGGGACAUGUUGUGGAUACCACUAAAUGGAUAGGGGCAACAGAAAUUGCUGCUACUCUCCUUUCCCUGAAAGUCAGAUGUCAGCUGUUGGAUUUCCACAAUCCCUCUGGUCCUCAGGGGACACACCCUAAACUGUUUCAAUGGGUGAAAGACUACUUCUGUCAGCCAUCUCCGGUCAAACUUCCUCUAUACCUACAACAUCAAGGUCACAGUCGGACCAUCAUAGGUGUUGAAGAAUUAAAGGACGGUGUUAUACGACUGCUGAUCUUUGAUCCCAGCACCUCAAAGAAACAAAUGCAGCUGUUCAAUGGCUUUAUAAACUCCAACAUCAUGAGAAUAGUGAGAAGAAGUAUCCAUGGACUGAAGGCAAAACAGUACCAAAUAGUGGCCGUCACAGGGAUACUAGAGGACAAAGCAUACGAGGAACACAAGGUCUUGAAAUCAGAAAGGAUAAGUUGACCAUGAGAUGAUAGCUAAUGUGAUACCAAUCAUCAGG